AGCGCCUUGGCCAUAACAAACGUCACCGAUGCCGCGAAACAGAGACGUGGCAAACGACACUGAGCCACGCAUAUGUCUUUGAGCGUUCCACGCAUAUCGGCCACUUGUACGAGCACCAAUAUACAUCGCGUCCAUCGACGUUCUUCCAGCCAGGAGUUAGGUCCACUCACGCAACGGUCCAGUCACGACUCACGAGACUCCUAAUGGCGACCCUUGAAACCCUACCAUCUGUCGUCCUCGACCUGGUCUGCGAUUUCCUGCGAAUCGACCACUUUGAAGACUGUCGCAGCCUGCAUUCAUUUGCUCUCGCCAGUCGAACAUGCCGCCUCGCCUCGGAAAGAAGCCGGUUCCGCCGCCUUAAAGUGAAGAUUCACGAUCUGUCCAACGUGGCCCAGGCCGUGAGAGACGCGACGGCCAUGCUCACGGGCCGCAUGCAUCACGUCCGGGGGUUGUCGGUCGACUACGAGUCGCAUUGCGCGGAUCCUCGUUCCCACCUCGGCAAGAGAUGUGACCAUUCCACUUUGGUUGGGAUCUCCAAGCAGCAGCGUCGCAAUAUCAAUCUCGACGCGCUGGCCGACUUGAUCUGUCACCUGCCAGGCUUGACCCAUCUGACAUGGGCGAUGCCAAUACCAGCUCCCCCGGCUUUACUCCGUCCAUCGACACCACAAGGCCCAAACUACCGGCUCGAAAUCUGGGAACUUGGACUUCAGAGCCUGUACACCCCAGUCGGGCAAAAGGCCCGGGAGAUGGACGCCGCAGACUAUACAAUUCUCACGUCUCCGCGUCUCGACACGUUCAGCUGUUGGGAUAUCUCGGCAUUCGACGACGACGGCAACUGGAGCUACCACGAGGAAGCCAUUCUACAAGCACUUGCGUCUCCUCAAUGCCAACUCGAACAUGUCUCCGUCGACUACAGCGAACCAGAGGCCUCGUUUAGCACACAGGACGUCCAGAACCACCGUCGACCCAGCAGGCCUGGCCUUUUCUCUUCAAGUUUGAGCCAAAGACCCCAUAACGAUCAGUCUACUUCAACGUCAAAGAGAGCGCUCACAUCACUAUCCAUCAAUUUUCGACCUGCAAUUACUUCGUACCUUGUUGACCGGUGGAAAGAGGUGAUCGACUUCUCUACGCUGAUAUCUUUGAAUCUCGGUGUCGUCAAACCAGAGCUACUGCCAAUGCUAGGCGACAUGGCCGCGACGGGUGCGCUUCGAUCCCUUCAGGUUCUUGAACUCACGCCGGACCUGCUCGAAUACGAUAAUGUGGAACGAACUAUCAACGACCUAUGCUCUCUAUUGAAGGUUCUUUGCCCGUUGCGCGGAUUGCACCUCGGGCGCACUAGGUCACACGCCGUUUUUGACACUCUCCUUGAAACACAUGGCCCUCACCUACGCGAGCUUAGCCUUGACGAGCCCGUCGUGUUCACUUCUAAGAACGCGUAUCGUCUCGCCGAGGUAUGCCGCCGAGUACGCGACCUUAAUAUCACGAUCCGACGAACAGGCGGCGACGAGGCCGAAGUCGCAUUCUACCACGCCUUGGGCCACUUGAGUCGCCUAGAAUCAGUAUCUAUUAUAUUUGACUGUACUCGUCCUGAGGCUACCGGUCUAAUCAACCACGGCGUCUUCUCGUCCGAUAAGUAUAAUCGCGAAGCCAGGAUAGGCCUCGUGCAGGACGCACUCGUGAAUGUCGCUAUAGACGAAGAGCUUGCCCGCUCUAUGUUUCUCACCAUCGCACAGACACAGAAGCGCCGGGCUAACCAGACAGGAUCACGUCAAUUCUUGCUUCGGCGCUUAACGGUCGAAUGCCUAGAUUCCGAUCUAUUUGGACGCGGGGAUUACUCCCACUCCGAACUGUCGAUUCUGUUGGAGUGGCUCAGGGGUCAUUGGAUCUGUGAGUCGUCGAUUGGCCUUCGGGAUCCCGACGCUAUUUUGGAUGACAAGCCAGGCGGCCAAGCCCACAAGGCAGUCUUGGCUCGAGACGAAAGCCUGCAGCGCAAGAUGGAGUACGAAGAAGAUUUAUAUGAGCAUCUGAAUGGCGUUGACCCCUUGGUGGAGGAUGCUUGGUUGAGACUAUGGCUAUAUGGUCGCGGUGACUGGAAACAAUCUUGGAAAAGCCAGCCACUGGCCAGCAGUGCGCGCCAUAUGCCAGUCUGAUGAAAUACAUGGCUUGCAGGGAGCUGAACUGGCAAAUAGGGACUCACGCUGUCAAGACGUUUAGCGAUGUGCCGAUUAAGGGUGUCACUGGGCGUGCACUCGAAAAGUGUGGCAUUGCAGUGGACGAUACUGUCUCCAUCAGGAUAUCUCUGGCCGGUCCCUCACACUGCCUAAUGGAAA